ACCUGUCUAUCCUGACUCUGUCUGCUCUCUGUUCUCGGCUUGGUUAAGCAUGACAGGAUUUCAGCAACUCUACCAGCUCUCCCGUUCUGGAUUAGCACUACUUUUUCUAUUUGGAAACUCUUCAAUCAGCUGCACACACCCCUUUGGAAAGAAACAAGAGUCCAAGAUGUCUGAGAAAAAAAUGUCAUCGAGUCGCAAGCAUCAUCUGAAGAGCGUGAUGCUCCAGAUUGCUAAGGACUUGCUGGAGGCAGAGGCCAUAGAGGCAGUGGAAGAGAAAAAAAGGUACAUGGAUGAGAGCUGCCCCGCAUUGGACCUGCCUGGGUCAUUGGUGGAACUGCAGGAAAUGUGCAAGACAAUCCAUCACCAGCUUGAUAAAGUGGAUGAGGAGAGAUACGACCUUGCAGGCAAAGUGGGCAAGUGUGACAAAGAGAUUGAUGAUUUGAGGAUUAAAGUGGUUGAGAUCCAGGGCAUUAAGAAGCCAGCUCUGAAGAAAGUGCGUAUGUCUGCUGAUGCUAUGCUCCAGGCUUUGUUGGGCUCCAAGCACAAGGUGACCAUGGAUCUGAGAUCCAAUCUGAAACAAGUGAAGAAGGAAGUCAAAGAGGAUGACAAAGACACAGUUGGUGACUGGCGUAAGAACAUUGACGACAAGGCCGGCAUGGACGGCAGGAAGAAGAUGUUUGAGGCCGCAUAAACGCUAUGGCAAGACCAUUUCCCCCUGCUUUUCUCUGUGUCUUAAUAAAUCAGUUGGUAGCCAUGGGCGUCUUUUGUGUUGGAUAUAUAAGGUGGUAUUGUGGUUAAGUCCCAGGUGGAUUUGUAUGACCUUGGUAUCGAUUUCACUGCUUCCUUUUUGUCUGUAUACCCCAGACCCAGGUAAUCACCUCACAGCAACUUGAACACAUUUUGAAAGGCACUUAUUGUAUAUGAAAUAAAUAUUUCAAUAACUUACAA